AUGCCUUCGGAACAAGGACACCGCCUCUACGUCAAGGGACGUCACCUCAGCUACCAGCGUAGCAAGCACGCCCUUACCCCCAACACCAGCUUGGUCAAGAUUGAGGGUGUUGAUGACACCAAGUCCGCCAACUUCUACCUUGGCAAGAAGGUCGCUUUCGUUUACCGUGCUAAGCGUGAGGUCCGCGGCUCCAACAUCCGGGUGAUCUGGGGCAAGGUCACUCGGCCACACGGCAACUCCGGUGUUGUGCGCGCCAAGUUCCGCAACAACCUCCCCCCCAAGUCUCUCGGUGCCACCGUCCGCGUUAUGCUCUACCCCUCCAACAUCUAA